GGAGUGUGAGGUUGUACUAUGGACUUGGAAACCUGCCUAUAAAAAGCUGUUGAAACAAAUGAUUAUACCUAAGUGUCGCUCGAUCUCGCUUUGCUCCGAUCUCUGCACUCUCAGAAGAAAAGUUUCCUAGUCAUGACUUUAGGAAAGGUAUCCAAUGGCAACAGUGUCGAGCUGGUGGAGGGCAUCAAAAAUAUCGGUUUUCAGGGGGAUGGCGAGGCGGAAGAUGCCACGAGAGCCCGAACCGAGAACAAGGAUUCAGAAGUGGACUUGUCAUCGGAUGGUGCCUAUACCCAAAUCAAGCCGUACGCAGGAAUGCCCAAAGACGUUCUGCUACUGUAUUCUCGCCAAGCAUGUUACCGGGUUCCAAGAGAAAUUCUGUUCUGGCUUACGAUCCUGUGCACGUUGACUUUGGUGGCGCUAACCAUCACGGUGAUAGCCCUUUCGCCGCGCUGUCUAAGCUGGUGGCAAUCAUCUCCUGUGUACCAGAUCUACCCGCGUUCCUUCAAGGACUCCAACGGCGAUGGCGUAGGAGACCUGAAAGGUAUCACAGAGAAAUUGCAACACUUGGUGGACCUGAACAUUAAAGCUGUCUGGAUCAGCCCCUUCUACAAAUCCCCCAUGAUGGACUUUGGCUACGAUGUGGAAGACUUCCUGUCUGUGGACCCUCUCUUUGGCACCAUGCAAAACUUUGACGACCUCCUCAACAAAAUGCAUGACAUGGGUCUGAAGCUAAUCAUGGACUUCAUCCCCAACCACACCAGCGACAAGCACCAGUGGUUCCAGAGGAGCCAGGCUAGAGAGGAGAAAUAUAAAGACUAUUACAUCUGGGUGGACUGUGACGGAAUCACUCCCCCCAACAACUGGGUGAGCAUCUUUGGGAACUCUUCGUGGACGUACAACGAGGUCAGAGGUCAGUGCUUCUACCACCAGUUCCUCAAAGAGCAGCCAGACCUUAACUUCCGCAACCCGCAAGUCCGGAAAGAGAUGAUUGACAUAAUUCGUUUCUGGCUGGAGAAGGGAGUGGAUGGGUUCCGCAUGGAUGCAGUCAAGCACAUGCUGGAGGCCAAACACCUGAGGAGUGAACCCCAGGUCGAUCCAAACCAACCUCCUGAGACAGUGGACACAGAGUUUGAACUGCACCACGACUACACCACCACCCAGCUAGGUCUGCAUGACAUCAUGAGGGACUGGAGGGCUGUGUUGGACCAGUUCAGCAGAGAGCCUGGGCGAUACAGGUUCAUGGUCACAGAGUCGUAUGACUAUGAGGAGAUAGAUAAGACCAUGAUGUACUAUGGGACGCCCCAGGUUAAGGAGGGGGACUUCCCCUUCAACUUCUACCUGUUAGAUCUGCCCAAAAACAUGUCCGGGAACUGGGUCCGAGACCUGGUGAACCUGUGGAUGACCAACAUGCCUGAGGGCAAGUGGCCAAACUGGGUGGUAGGGAACCACGACAAACCUCGUAUAACUUCCAGCGCGGGACCGGGCUACAUGCGUGUGAUCAACAUGCUUCUGCUGACUCUCCCGGGUACGCCCACCACAUACUACGGAGAGGAGAUCGGCAUGGAGAAUAUCCAGGUCAACAUCUCCGACAUCAAGGACCCCUUCGGCAAAUUUGACCCUAACUCCACUCGUGAUCCCAGCAGGUCCCCCAUGCAGUGGGAGGAAGGCCUGAACGCAGGCUUCAGUGGCAGCCUUAACGGCACCUGGCUACCUCUCCACCCAGAUUUCCAAACAGUCAACGUAAAGGCCCAGCAGAUUGACCCAGGCUCGGUUAUGUUCCAGUACAAGACCCUGAGCCGGCUCCGCCAGGCCCAGCUGCCGCUACAUCGCGGCUGGAUGUGCCACAUCUGGAGCGACGCUAACGUCUUCGCCUUCCUGCGGGAGAUCGACGGCCUGGGCCGAGCCUUCUUGGUCCUGCUUAACUUCGGGCAGGACACCGUGACGAACCUCUCUGCUGUCGCGGAGCUACCGGAACAGCUGACGGUGCACAUGAGCACCGACCCCGCCAGCGAUGGGAAGGUGGUGCGGAAGUCAAACAUCGCCACGGCAGCGGGGGAGGGGCUUCUUUUGGAAUACUCCACGCAUGUCCGGUAUAACCCCGCCCACCCGACACAGUGCUACGUGUCAGAGAAGACAUGCUACCUGGGAGGGCUGGACCUGCUGUAUAAGUGCUGACGGCCCUGACCCACGACCAGUCUGGAUAAGAGCCUCUGUAUAAGUGCUGACGGCCCUGACCCACGACCAGU